GUGAUUUUGGAUCGAAAGGAUUCGUUAUUUUAUCCGUGUUUGUUGACGAUUUCGUAUCUGCUGCUGGAUUUUUCGUUCCAAUUGAAGUUGAUUGUGUAGAUUGUAUAGAUUGUGUGGAUUGUGUAUUUGUUAGAAUGGAAGUUAUAUUGCGAGAAUCCAUUAAAUUUGAAUGCGAUGGUCUCGUAGGAGUUGAUGUUAUUGUAGGAUUUGAUGUUAUUGAAGUAGUCGAA